AUGAGAACCACAAACACUGAUAGAAGCCAAUCAGAAGAAAAAUCGUCACGAGAGCCACGUCUUCUUGGUGCGUUGGUAAGAUGGGUCGGGACCAGCUUCCGUUCUCGUAAGGUGAACGUCUCGGCGAACAACAAGAUGGCCAUGCUCAAGCUUAGCUCUCAUAUUAACAAAACUCAUCCAUCUACUCCCGAAGAAUCCAUGUUGGCGUUCCACGGAACCUGUGAGACUGCUUUCACACCAAGCCAAAAGGAAUUGGAUGCAAUUAGAUGGAAGAAAGCGACGGCCGAUGAGAUCAAAGCGUAUAUUUUGGAGUUGACUGAGCACGAUCAUGUCAAAAAUUAUGAAAAGGGAUACGGAGAAAGCCACAGAAAGCUUAUGAAGUUCGUGGCAAUGAUGUUCACGCCAGAAUUGGUGGCUGCUAUUCUUGAAAAGAUUCCAAUCAAUCAUUUAGUGAUCAUGAAUAACCCAUCAAAGGAAUGUUUUGCCAUUGCGACUCUUCAAGCUCUCAUCGCUUGCCCACCGUUCUGUGACUAUGUGAAGACUAAAGUGCCGGUUACGCCAAUCGAUCACGAGAUCAGAAGCAUCCUGGCUCAAUACGCAGUUUGUUGGCCACUCAUCCAGUGCUCGCAUCUUUUGGAUCUUGUGAUGAACUACGAGAGAACUGUGGAAGAAGACGCGGAAGAUUUUUACAGAUUGUUGGAAGACAACUACUUCGACGACUCUUUCCCAAUGCCAACUGAAGAGAAAACAUUUCAUUGUUACAAUUGUCGAGAAACACAGAUCAUCGUUGACAAGAAAACUCGCAUUUCGUUGCCACCUAUCCUGUAUGAUGAAACUACUGCUACCAUGGGCGGAUUGAUGACUUACAAGCUUCAGGGACACGAGAAAGUUGAGAAAACAUGUCAGAAAUGUGGAGAGUCUGAAGGCUGCUUCAUUACCAAGUGCAUCUUCGGGGAUAUGUUCUUCAUUUCGGCGUCAAUAACUCAUCAUUACGCUGACGGUCGAAUCGCAGAUUUUGACCCGUGUGUAGACUUGGGUAACUUGGAGAAAACCAAGAAAUCGAGUGAAUGGCGCCUGGCAGGAGUCGUACAUCAUGAAAGAAUCGACAAACACUCGGCUCACUACGUGGCGGUUAUCGAUCGUCAUAAUAAUGACUACCUCAUGAACGACAGCAGCUGCUCAAAAAUUUCUUGUAUGAGCGAAAUCAUCAGAAAGCACGGAAAGCCGUACUUUGCAAUAUACUACAGGUCGACCUGGAAAGAGAGACCAAAGGUGGAAACGUCUUCAUCUACGUCUAAUUAA